AUGCCGAAAUCAAAGCGAAAUAGGGCAGUGACUUUGUCGAAGACGAAGAAGAAAGGGAGGGAACACAAAGAAAAUGUUGUGAAUGCAAUUCGAGAAUCGGUCGAGAAAUACGAUACAGUUUAUGUUUUUACUUUUGAGAACAUGAGGAAUCUCAAGUUUAAAGAGUUUAGAGACCAGCUAAAGUCUUCAAGCAGAUUUUUUCUUGGAUCAAAUAAAGUCAUGCAAGUUGCCCUAGGUAGGUCUGCAGCUGAUGAGAUCCGACCAGGCCUUCACAAGAUUUCUAAGCUUUUACGUGGUGAUUCCGGAAUUUGUUCUACUAGUUUGCCAAAGGACGAAGUUGAAAGAUUAUUUAAUGAAUAUGAAGACUUUGACUUUGCAAGAACUGGAAGUAUAGCAACCGAGAAGGUAGAGCUUAACGAAGGUAAUCUGGAUCAGUUCACACAUGAGAUGGAGCCCUUCUUGCGUAAGCAGGGGAUGCCUGUUAGGUUAAACAAAGGUGUCGUGGAGCUUGUAUCGGACUAUAUUGUAUGUGAAGAAGGAAAGCCACUAUCACCCGAGGCAGCUCGCAUACUGCGUCUAUUGGCUAUAAAGAUGGCCACCUUCAAACUUCACUUAACGUGUAGAUGGAGCUCUGAGGACUUCGAGAUUUAUAGAGAAGGAUUGGAAGACUCAGAUGUUGAAUCCGCGUAG